AUGACCUCUCACGGCACUUUGAAGGCGACCUUCGCCGGCCGCGCCGAAUCCGCCAGCCAUCCGCUCACAGCCUACCUCCUCCGAUUGAUGGACUUGAAGGCAUCCAAUCUCUGCCUCAGCGCCGACGUUCCCACCGCACGAGAGUUGCUUUACCUCGCCGACAAGGUCGGACCGUCCAUUGUCGUCCUCAAGACACAUCACGAUAUCGUUUCCGGCUGGGACUUCAACCCGCAAACUGGCACUGGCGCUAAGCUCGCCGCACUAGCUCGCAAGCAUGGGUUCUUGAUUUUUGAGGAUCGCAAGUUCGGUGACAUUGGCAACACGGUCCAGAUGCAAUACGUCGCUGGAUCGGCAAGGAUUAUCGAGUGGGCGCACAUCAUCAACGUCAACAUGGUUCCAGGCAAAGCCGCCGUCACAGCUCUUGCAGAGGCCGCCGCAAGAUGGCGCGAAAGGUACCCCUACGAGGUCAAGACGUCGGUUACGGUUGGAACCCCCAGGUCGGAGAGUUUCGACGACUAUGAUGAGGACAACAAUGGGGACUCUUAUGAACAUACCAUUGGCACUCCACGACCAUCCGACGUCAACGGACGCAAGGGCAGCAUCGUCUCCAUCACGACCUUGACACAACACUUCGAACCCGCGCCUUCCCCUCGGUUCCCGAGAAACGAGUCUCACAGCUCUGACGAGGUCCUGUACGCCGGAAUCGAGGAGGCCCCCAUGGACCGUGGUCUUCUCAUCCUGGCGCAGAUGUCCAGUGCCGGCAACUUUAUGAACAAGGAGUACACCGACGCUUGUGUCGAAGCGGCCAGGGAGAACAAGAACUUCGUCAUGGGCUUCGUGUCCCAGGAGAGCCUCAACACCGAGCCGGAAGACUCCUUCAUUCACAUGACACCGGGAUGCCAAUUGCCGCCGGAAGGUGACGAGGAGAACGGCGCCGUUGCGGGUGACGGUAAGGGACAGCAAUACAACACGCCGCAGAAACUUGUUGAGCUUUGCGGCACCGAUGUCGUUAUCGUCGGCCGUGGUAUCCUGAAGGCGGGUGAUCCUCAAUCGGAGGCUGAGAGAUACCGUAGGAAGGCCUGGAAGGCCUAUCUCUCCCGUGUGGCAUAG